UCAUGGUGUACAAUUUGUAGCAGUUGAUAUGAGAUGGGGUAUAACCAAAGAAGCCGGUGAAAAUGCUCAAGUUAUAAAUAUCUGUUUACGUGAACUGGACAGAUCAGAUGUGUUUGUUGGUUUCCUUGGUAAGAGAUAUGGAUGGCAUGGUAAAGAUGAUAAAUUAUUGCAACAGAAUUUUGAUAAUGCUAUUGGUCGACAUCUAUGGGUUGACAAUGUCCGCCAUCAUAGUGUUACAGCUGUGGAAUUUAUGCAUGGUCAUCUAAAUAACCCUGGUGAUAUUCCAUCUUGUUUUGCAUUUCGGAGCAAGGAGUAUGAUGAAAAAUUACACAAAGAAGCAAAAAGAGAAAAGGAUACGAAGAAAGCUGCUAAAUAUACAAGUGAGAGUGAUUAUGCAGCGAAAAUGUUGGAUGAACUUAGACUUGACAUCGUCAACACUAAAGAUAAAUUAUUAGAUGUCCAUGUUGAUUAUAAAGAUCCUGAAGAGGGCGCAAAACUUUUGUUUAAUACCAUCUGGAAGUAUUUAACCAAUGAUUUAUUAAUAACGGAGAACGAUGUAACAGAGAGUAUGAGACAGUUAGCUGAACAUGAUGCUUAUUUAGCUGCUAGAGUUAGUAUAUAUUUACCACAAGAUGAUCAUAUCAAUAAACUUGAUGCUGCUCUAUAUUCAGGUGAUCCACGGCCAUACAUUGUAAUGGGAGAUGUAGGAAGUGGAAAAUCAGCGUUACUUAGUAACUGGAUACAUCAACAUCGUCAUGACAACAAUAAUGAUACUAUUUGGAUCUACCAUUUUGUUGGUGCUGCUUCUGGAAGUACUUUACCAAAACAAAUUCUCAACAGAAUUAUAAAUGAUUUGACGUCUGCCUUAAAAGAGGAGGAAGAUAAAAAUGACAAAUCGAAAGAAAAGGGUGACGGUGAAGAGGAAAUGGCCGUUUGGAAAUUACUAGAAAACCUUAAUCUUAUAUUAAGAAAAGCUCGACACCAGGAAAAGAAAGUGGUGAUUGUCAUAGACGGUCUUAAUAAAAUACAACAACCAAAGAAAAUAGCAACGGCAUAUUAUUGGGUACCUAAAGAUUUACCGCUUGGUGUAUUUAUGGUUUUAUCAACAUCGUCUGGUGAUGAGGCAGCUCAUGAAGUUUUUAUUUUAGAACAGAAAUAUCAAGUUAUUAAAAUAAAACAUUUAGAUAACGAAGCCAAACAAGAAUUGUGUGUGAGAGCACUCAAAGAAAGUGGAAAAGAAUUAUCACCAUAUCAAUUAAAGAAAGUAUUAAAUGCAAAAUUAACGAAUAAUCCACUUUAUUUGAUGAUUAUAUUGUGGGAAUUAUCUGUGUUUGGUUCUUUUCGAUUAUUAGAUGGUAAAAUAGAUUCACUACUUGAAGCAGACAGUGUUGCUGCUUUAUUUGUAAAAUAUUUAGAAAGAUUAGAAGAAGAUUAUAAUACAGAUGAAACUGAUGCUGAUUUGGUUCAACAGAUAAUGACAGCAUUAGUUUUAUCUAAUAAAGGUUUAGCUGAAAAUGAAAUUCAGUCUAUUUUUGGUAUAACAUCACAUGCCUGGUCUCCACUGUAUUUCGCCUUAGAAAAAUUCACCAUCAGUCACUUUGGGUUGAUCAACUUGGGUUUUAAAGAAUUAGUGCAAGCUGUAAAAGAAAGAUAUCUACACAAUAAUAAAAGUUUUAGAGAAAAGAUAAUUCAUAAGAUGAUCGAACAUUUUGAAGAAAAACGAAAGGACAUAUCAAGCCAAGGUUUAUCUAGUUUACCUGUAAGUAAUACAGCCAUGACACGUAUAGCAAGUGAAUUACCAAACUUCCAGAAACUCAUCAAUGAUAAAGAAGGUUUAACACAAACUUUGAUGGAUCAACAUGUCUUUCGUAAUUUAAUUGUAGCGGAGAGAUAUGAACUUCUGGACCUGAUAAAAGAAACUGGUUUAAAGAUGGAAAAAAUAGCUGAUUUGUUUCUGGAAUCUUUUGAUCGUACAAUAACUAACAUAUAUCUUAGAAGAUUGGAAAAUGGGAUAGAAAAUGGAAAAACACCUGGGGAAUCUCUGAUGCACAAUCUACGAAAUAUGGGAAUUAUUCUGGAGUUAGCUUGUGAUUUUAUUGGAUAUGAGAAAGUAAUGUUGAGAUAUAUGAAGCUGUUGGAAAAUGUCAAAGGUAAAAUGGAUGAAAAAAAAAGAAUAACUGAAUUAAUGGAGAAUAAAUAUUACAUGGCUUGUUUAUAUGCUGAUAGAGAAAGAUAUGAAGAGUGUCUAGAACUACAUACUCUGGUUAUUGACACUGUUACAAAAAUGGCUGAAGAAGGUGAAGUAGAUACAACUCAGAAACAGUUAAAGGCCUUUGCCACUCAUGGUAUUGGUGUUAUGUACUUAAAGAGGAAGGAAACUGAACCAGCCAAAAAGUACUUAACCGAAUCAAUUGCUCUUCACAAUGAAAACAAAUCUUCUGAAACUUUAAAACAUGUUACUGAAGCAACAGUUAAUUUGGGUCUGGUUGAACUGUAUGAUGGAAAUUAUGACAAGUCGAUAGAAAACUUCGAUAUAGUUUUAAAGGGAUAUGAAGAAAUAUAUUUUGGUCAACAGCCUCAUGAACUAGGAAACUUGUACACAAAUAUUGGUUUAGCUUACAGACGUAAAAAAGAUUAUGAUAUGGCAGAGAAGAUGUACAGAAAAUCCCUGGUGAUCAAGGCUAAUGCUUUAGGUUGGGAUAAUCCAGUAAUAUCAGUUACAUACAUGAAUUUAGGAACGUUGGAGAUGUUCAGGAAGAAUUAUCUGAAAUCACUGGAAUAUAAUGAGAAAUGUAUUGAAGUAUUAGUGAAAAAUGACAGAACUGAUGAAGAUAUGUAUUAUAGAAUGGCCUUAGAAAACGUGGUUCAGUCAUAUUGUGAGCAAGGAAAAUAUGCAGAAGCCUUACCUACUUACAGACGCAUUUUCAAUAUUUUAGUGAAAUUAAAUCAGAUGAACAACUGUUUACCUGGAGCUCAUAGAAAGAUGAUUAAUCAUCUGAUAGAUAUUGGUGAAAAAGAAGAAGCAGCAGAGAAGUUAAUACCAUUAAUACGAUGUAGUAAAUCUAAAGCAUCAGAAUAUAUCACAUUUCAUAAAUUAUAUAAUGAUAAACCUGCUGAUAAACGACAACAACUACCUGACGGUCUGUCUCUUAAUGCUGCUAUUAAAAGAUUUCCAAAUGAUAUCUCUUUAUAUAAGCUUGCAAUAGAACAUGAUUAUAUCCAGACUAAACAGCAUGAAAAACUUGUUCAAUUUUUAAAAGAUUCCUCCCAACAACUUUGGUGGAAUGCAGCCAUUGCUGUAUGUAAGAAAGAGGGUUUGAAUGAAUUAAGAGAUGAAAUAGAACAAUUAGAAGGUGAACUGAUCAAUGACAGAUUAACGUAAUAUUGGUUUAAUUGUAUCUUAACCCCAUAGCACUUGAUACAUGUAAAUAUUGACUACACCAGUUCCUUGAAAAAAAAUUAGAGAAAAAUGAUAUAUUUAUACCGGUACAGACUGAAGCUGCUGUUCGUUAGAUUACUUCAAACCGCACAAGAUAUGUGACUAGCUCUCCGCAUUAUAGGACCAUUUACUAGUUAGGACGGGCGCCACUGGUUUGGGAACGGUCUAAGGAACCCUAGUUACGCUGGUUUGGGGUGGUGUAAGGAACCCUAGUUACGUGGUUUGGGGUGGUAUAAGGAAACCUUGUUAGGCUGGUUUGGGGUGGUCUAAGGUACACUUAGUCUAGUUAGACUGGUUUGGGGUGAUCUAAGGAACACUAGUUAGGCUGGUUUGGGGUGGUCUAAGGAACACUGGUUAGGCUGGUUUGGGGUGGUCUUAGUGCUAGAAGGUUAAAGAUGCUACGCACGUUUGAAUUUGUGUUAUAAAAUGCAACAAGACGUUUAAAAAAACAAAGAUUUAUUGCCUUCUAUUCGAAAAAAUACAGUAAAAGGGAUCCAGAUAAUAUGUGAACAGACUUUUAACUCCCAGUAAACACCUAUGAUAGAAGUUUCCUUUUAACUUGUGGGUCUUAACUGGAAUAACAUGUGAUCUUAUGUGUGAUUCUCUUGCACUCACUAUGCUAUUUUGAUAUUCUGAAUGAGAAUUUAGAACAGGAUAUUCUUACACAGGUUAUUUUAAAACGUUUUAAUACACGGUUAGGGUAAUAGUGUGAACUUUAUUAUUUAUACUGUUCAAAGCUUAUAUAUCUGUAAACUGUCUCAUCCUCAAUUAUGUUUGGAAAAGAAAGCCCUCAGUCUAAACUUUUUUAAUACAUGGUUAGGAGAACAAAUAUAUUUAUGUAAACUACCUCAUCCUCAGUCAUGUUAGAAAAAGAAUGCCCUCAGUGUAAUGGCUUGUGAAUUAAUUUUAGUCAUGAUUCUCCAGUAUUUUCUUACACAUAUUAGAUCAUAUAUAAAAUCUUGUUCUUUUCUUAUUCUGACAUCUUUUAAUAUAUUUUUCAUCUAUUUUUUAUGUAUUUUUCCUUAUAUAAUGUAUGAUUUACAUGCUGCCCAAAAAGGGUGUUGUUUGUAAUAAAAUCUAUCUAUCUAUUAUCUAUCUAUCUAUCUAUCUAUCAAAUAUAUCAAAAGUGACAGGUCUGGCAUUGUCUGUUUUAUUUAAAAUAGAAGCAUAGAAUGAUACUCAUUUUAUAACAUAUACAUUUAUUUGAAUGUUACAGUUUUAACUUGUGAUAUUGUGUAGAUACAUAUGUAAUGCAAUAAUUAAGAUGAUUUUAAAGGUGCAGUCCCAGAUUUCACAGGGUAACCAUUGAAUCAAAUGGGUUAAAGUAUGCUAAUCAAACACCAAAAGGUAAUAAAAAAACUUGUUUGUGUUUACGGCAUUUGAAAGUUUCAGCUUACAAAAAUGUUAUUUGUUCCUUUAUUAUGUGACCUGAUAAAUAUGAUUAUUCAGUGCCUUUCUAAAAGUGUGUCCUGAGGAAUAGUGAGUCAUUCGGAAGUGAACUGUAGAUUUUCUUAACGAGGUUACAGAUUUCAUUUAAGGUAUUCCACUGUUCAGUCAUAUGAAUGACUAGGAAAUUGUGAUAAUGGCUGUGGAGAACAUGGAAUUUGGGGACUUAUUACAUCUUUAUGGCAAUACUAUAUACAGGAGACACCGGAAAACUACCGGAAAACACCAAGUUAUACAGAAUACUGGAAAACACCUGAAAAACACUAAAUACCGGAAAACACCCUAAAUAGGUAACCCCGGCGCCUGGUCCUCUGUGUGCGGGGUGGGGGGGUAGGUUUUCCCGGUGUUUUCCAGAUAACCAGGCUCGGGUUACCUAUUUAGGGUGUUUUCCAGUAUUUAGUGUUUUUCCGGUGCUUUCUGGUAUUCAGUAUAACAUGGUGUUUUCCGGUAGUUUUCCGGUAGUUUUCUGGUGUUUUUCGGUGUUUUCCGGUAUAUAGUAUAGCCCCAUCUUUAAAGAAGAAUUUCACUACCAGUGCUGAAUUGCCUUAAAGAGUCAUUAUUCAAGAGCUAAAUCUGCCUAUUGCAGGUCUUUCUUUAAGCCUUAAAUGUUGUCUAAAUUAUUAAUUGAUGAACUCUUUAAAUUAACUCUUUUAACAAAAAAAAACCAUCUGUUUUGUAUGACAAUUUAGCAAAUUUUAAAUUAAACAUACAUUAUGCAAGAGCUAAAUCUGCCAAUUGCAGGUCUUUCUUUAGGCCUUAAAUGUUAUAUAAAUUAUUAAUUAGACAUUUAUUAACAUGACAAAACCAUAAUUAACUCUUGAUGCCGUCGGAUGGCUACGAUUUUAUGUAGAUUAUAACGGUUCAGCCAUUUAAUAAUUUAAUUUAAAAAUGGAGAAGCGAGGCUAAGACUCGAAUAACCAGCACCGUGGUUACAAUAAUAAACAAUCAAUGCACACAUCUUGUCAAAACUACAAACCUGUUUGAUUCAUUAAAAUAUAUCUGGGAUGGCUCUCUAAAGAAUCUUAACAAAGAAUUAAUUAGAUUUAUUAACUCCUUUGAAUCCUGUUUUGGAUUCAUAAAAUGAAAAAUUGUGAGAAAUUUGGACAUGGCAGCUAAAGUGCCUUAACUGUUAUUGUCAUUAGAUCCGGUACAUAUCAUAUAUAUAUAUUGGCAGUUUUGUGUCAUAUGCCAUUCUAGCUGCACCCCCCCCCCUCUAUUUGGGUCUGCUGGUAAUAAGUGUGAGAUCUCGUGCAGGUUCACAGGUAAUUUUACCUAUGACACAUUUUUAGUUUUUUAUUGUUUUUUUUUAUACAAUUGGUACUUGUAAAUAUAUGAUGUUGCCUUUAGUCAAUCUAAAUUACGAACAAAUUUAUUGUAUUAAUUGGUCCGUCCUAAAUAAACUCUUUUCAUGACACUUUUCACCCAAAUUGUUGAAAGCUAAAAGCAGGAGAGUAACAAAAUAACAAGAGUAGUAAUGUCUAAAGGCAGGAGAAAAUUAUAAAAUUUCGGAAUACUGUUAUUCCAUCACUGAGACUUCAAUAUAUGUUGUUAUUAUAGUGAUCUACAGUUAUUUCUAACUUGAUAUUAUAUACAAUUAAUAACAUCUAUUUUAUUCUUGAAGUAUUGAUAUAUAUUUGUGAUAUGUUGUAGAUUUGUGUUUUUAGUCAGACUUCCAUUUAUAUUUAUUCUGCAAAUUUCUGAAACAUUCUGUUAGAGUAUCUGAUAAACUAGACAUUAAUUUAAUAUGGAUUUUGUUUUAAAAAAAUUGUUGUAUAAUUCCAUCCAUAUCAAGCCAUUGACCAUAUCAUGUUUAGUUAUUAAAGAAUUAUAUUUUAUGUAUUUUUAUAAUUUAACUAUUUAAUUCUUAUAGAUUUAUUAUUUAUCUAUGUAAACCUAUUUUCCCUACCUCUAUGUUGUGAAGGGCAAUUAGAUAAUGCUAUCCGAAAAUUGUAUAUCAGAUUUGGAACUGAUCUGUUAUUCCAUCGCUUAGACAUAUAAUUAGUAGGGUUAGUUUUAACUCUAUAUUACAUAAAUUUAAUUUUUUAUAUUUUAAAUAUUUAAUUGUUAUAGAUCUUUAUAUUUAUAUAUAUCAACCCAUAUUACCUCUACCUCUAUGUUAAAACAUGUACUAUGCCUUGAGUUAUGUUAUUUAGGAAACAAAAUUAUAUCCAAAAUUUGAAACAGAUGUUAUUCCUUCGCUGAGACAAUAUAGACUUCAUUAAGUAUUGUUUAAUGGUCGAGAGCGAGACAUUAAGUAAUAUAUUGUAACAACAAGAGGGCCAUAGGCCCGAGUGUUUUUACAAUAUAUUACGCACAGUCUUAUGCUCAAGAAACGACUUAAAAUACACACUCCGCACAUGCUUUUACAGUGAAAUACGUCACACGAGUCCAAUAUUUCACUAGUAUAAAUAAUGUACGAUUGGCAAUAAUGGUACUCCAACAUCAAAGGGUGAUGUCACAUCUGUAUUUUAAAUUAGGUUGUUAUUAUAACCUAUGGUGAUCUACUUAAUAUUAUAUGAAAUUAAUAAUAUUUAUUUUCUUGCUGAAAUUAUUAAUACCUGUUUAGACUCAGUUUUCAAUAAAAUAUCUGUAGAUUCUCACAAAUAAAUAGAUUGCUACCAAAUGCAACAAUUAGUACUGCCUUAUGCACUUACACUUUUCUUUACUUGUGAUAUUGUAUUGUUUUUAUAUUGGCAUGUUAUUAUAGAUCAAUAAAUUAUUAUGUAUA